AUGGAUCCGGCGAACCCUUCCAACUCGAAUGUUAUAGAUCCGAUGACCCAUCCCAUCUCGCCUGGAAACACUGGAAUUCAGGAAUUGCGACGAACCGUCGGAGAGAUCCGCACCAUUCUCCCCGGCGAACUGGACAAAUCAUGUCCCAUCGUCUUAGUUCCCGGAUUCAGCGGAUGGAGCCAACCCUUCCUGGGCACGGUCAAUUAUUUCGGCGGCUUUGAGGACUUGCCCUUGAUCCUGUCCAACGCAGGCUACAUUGUCAUUGUGGUCCGCAUUGGUCCCCUUUCAACCAACAGAGAGCGGGCGUGUGAAGUCUUUGCGCAGCUCCGCAAGAUCAAUUCGAGCGCUUCGGGGAGGAAAGGCCUGCCCAGGGGGUAUGAUCUGCCCGGCACGUCACCUGCGACGUUAAUACCCGUCGAUUACGGCACGACAAAUUCUUCACCACACCAGAAUUUGGUGGCUGCGGCGCAAAUCUGGCAAGCAGUCGUCUACGCGAGUGACAGCAAUCCCUUGCCAGGCACGUGGAAAUGGAGUGAUACGAACAAGGUCAACUUCAUAUGUCAUUCUCAGGGGGGUACGACAAUACGGUACCUGAUCGAGCUGUUAUCUGGAUCGAAAGGUCCGGAUCUGCCGCAAUUUGAAGGCACGGAUCGCCAGGACUGGGUCAAAUCCGUGGUCACGUUGGGCUCUCCCCACAAAGGCACAACCAUAACAAGUGUUGUGAAUGACUUCCUCCCUUUGGACGGCCUGGACCCGCUCAUUGACUUCGUCACCUCGUGCUCAUUCAACCCGCGCAGUGAAAGAAUCUAUGAUCUGUGCCUGGAUCACUGGGAAUUCUCUCGCCGACCGGAUGAGACCUAUCAGGCCAUGCGUGACAGAAUUGCCCCGGAUGUCAGAACCUGGUGGACCGGACGCUCCAACGGCCUCAACGACAACAGUCUCCGCGGCGCGGAAGCCCUUGAGACAUUCGCUCCAACCGCCUCGAAUCAGAUCUAUUACUUCACCAUGUCCUUCUGCGCGACCCAGCCAUUCCCACAAGCCAAUCUGACUCCGCAGGACAUCAACGAGUUCUUGGACAUGUUCCACUUCCACCAGGUCUGGAAUCCCUUUGGCCUUUUGGGCCACUUUUUUAGCCCGGUUCAGGCGUUUCUGUCUUGGGUGACAGUCCUGCCUGCGCUGUAUGCGACACUCACGUGGCUGACCGACGUUGCCAACCGGCAUCUUGCACAGCUGGGAUAUUUCUCCCAGAUCCCCCGACCUGGCUCUCAAAUUCCUCGGAGUGAUAUUCUCCCACUCAUGGCAUUCCCGGCCUACUCAAUGGCAGGACGAAGGAUAGACGAGAACGCAUAUCCACGCAUUCCCUCCGGCGAGUUCCAGCCGAAUGAUGGAAUCGUGAACACGCGGUCGAUGGACGGUCCGGUGGCGGGACCGGUGGAUAAUGGAUUUUUCCCCACGGCGCUGCGAGCGCCGGGCAACACUGUCAAGGGAAAAUAUUGGCACCUGGGGAAGAACUCGACCAUCGACCAUGCGGAUGAGAUUGGAGUGUUCACAGACCGUCGGACGAAUGCUGAGAUCCAGGUCAUGUACCUCUUGUUCGCGGAGCUGGGUGCCCGUAUUCGCUAG